AUGUCUGAGCUGAAAGGGAGAAUGGUGAGGGGUAAUAUAGUUUUUUGUGGCAGAAAUGAAGAAGGAAUAAAGAAAGCUCACCAAAAGGCAAAUGCCCUCAGAGAGGAAGAUUUCGAACAGGAAAUUCGGAGGUUGGAAACGCUGGCAAUCAGUCAAGGUGGAAUCCCUAAAGUUCUAGCCUUAAAUAGAACGCCUCCGGACACACAAACGCCACCGGGCAUCAAGGUCAAAAGGAGAAGGGCCUACUAUACACCCGGAAACGAGGGGACGCACCUAGCAACGGACGAACAGGAUACAUACUCGUCUUCCACCGACGAAGAUGCCCACAAAGACAAGCGAAGGAGGGAGAGGGACGCAAGGAGUCAGGUACGAGCGGAAGCCAUAGCAGCGAUAAGGGAGAAAGCACAAGGCGGAGUUAUAGGGGAAGUUAUGAUUCUGGCCGCAUAUCAAAUGGGCAAAAAAGCAGUCAUUCAGAAGCGCUUUAUGAGAGAUCCGGACCUAACGAUAAUAAUAAAAGAGCAAAGCGCAGAGAUACAGAAACUGAACGACCAAAUUAAAGAAAUAUGGGAAACGCUGAGGGAAGCUCCAAGCACAUCGGCACAAAAAGACACCAGACCUCAACAACUCAGAAAACCACAACAGCACAAACAACUCAGGGAGACUGAUACAGACACAAGACAAACAGAGAGAGAAGAGACGGACGACGGAUACCAACUAAUCGAACGAAGAAAGAAGAAGAGGACCUACGCCGGCGUUACACAAGCCACGAACAGAAGAACCGAAGGGUGGACGACCCCCGAGCAGAAGCCGAACAACCCCAAAUCAGUGAUAUCGCUGCCGAACGUGGAGGACCCCAGAGCUGUACUACAGACAUUUAAGAAAUUAACAGCAGGAACCAUACAGGGCGCCUUCAAGAAUAUAAUAACGAUUGAAAAGGGCAAGGUGAUACUGGUGAUAGUAAUGAAAUUGAUAAAUGUGAUGCAAAUCCCUUGGUCGGCACAAACUCCAGUGAUAUUGAUAAUAAUAAUUGUGAUGCAAGUUCCCUGGCCGGCACAAGCUCCUCAAGCAAAAGCAUUUUUAGUAUGGUUCAACAACUUGGAAAAAACCAAACCUUCAGCUGGCGAAACCGAUUCUUCCAAACUCCCUCCUUUGCCAUUGCAAAAAAUUGCCAAUAUUUUGGAGUUUGAAAAUUCUUUGAAAUGCGUGGAAACUUCUAAACAAUUAGUUAAUUUAAUAAAUAAAUUAGUUAAGAUGGAUCAAGAAAAUUUUGAAACUCUUACUCAAUUUAGGAGAAAUUUAAAAUCUAAACUAACUAGAGCAAGUAGAUGGUUAGAUGCAAACUAUGAUAUAGAAGCAAGUAUAAAUGUUUUCAAAUCUCGAUUUGAUAAGUUUGUAUUAGAUUUCAAUAGUUACGAUGAUGUUCAAACACAAAUAGAAGGCUUGGAUGAAAGUCAAGAGUCAGAUAGAGAUAUGGUCGAGACUAAUUAUUUUAAAACUUUGGUUUAUAGAAAGUUACCGGAAAAUUCGAGAAGUGCAAAAGAAAUAACGGAUAAUGACAACAGGAAAAAGGAAGUAUAUAAGAGUGCUUUUAGUGUUGCUGAGCCAGUUACAAGUGUUUUGAAGUCAAUUAGCGAGCUUGGCGGUAAAUGUCUCCAAAAUGUUCCACUGAGUGUUGUAAGACAAAACCCUCAAACAACUUCUCCAGUUUGCAGGAAGUUUUCAGAAAAUUGUAUUCAAAGAGAACCUGAGCAAUAUAAGUCUACUAACAGCGAUCACGACCCCACCUACAGAGCGAGCUGUGUAUUUCGAAACUGUAGAGAUGAAAUAUGGGCAGCAUGUGAAAGAUGUUCUGAGUUGCUUUGUUGGGAACAUUUUAUCAACAACGAAACCUGUACUGAACAUGUUGACAGCGUUUCUUCCGAAAAUGAGGAAAAUAUACCGCCCAUUUUGCUUUCUAAAGGUAUGAAAACUAACCUAGAGAUUCGCAGAAGAUAUGCUGUGGAUGGAGAACAAAGGGAAGUAUCCUUUGAUAAAGUGAGGAAGGGCAAUAAAAGGAAGAUCGCACAUGACAAGAGAGUAGCGGGAGAAGCUUAUGUCAGUAGCACCUCUGGAAAGGCUGUUUUAGCUAAAGGGAUGAAACCUCGUUGUACUAGUGAAAAAUGCAAGAGUACAGUGUGCAGCAUUAGUGAUGUCCAAAGGCAGAAAAUAUUCAACGCUUUUUAUGGUACAAAGAGCUUACAGCAACAAAGGGAGUUUAUUAUACGACACGUACAGAUCAAAGCUAUCAAGCGGAAAAGGACAGACAAAGAAGUUUCACGUAGGCAAGCUGAUGAAAAAAGAAAACUGGAACUCGAGGAUGCUUAUAAUAAUCAUACUGCUGAAAAGAUAUCUGUUCGCAGGAAAAAAGAAGAAGCCAAGGAAACAUCAAAGUUAAAUCCUAGCGUUCUGGCUGCUGCUGUAUUUGACCUACAACAAGUCAUACAGCUUCCAAAAAAUGGCUGUAGCGGCCAAAACCGCAACACUAUUGUUCUAGCUAUGAUGCUAUACGUAAUUACAAAUGCGAAAAAUAUGGAAAAAAUUGUUCUAAGUUACUUUGAAACAAAUCAUGGUCAGAGCGAGGGCGAUUCUGCGCACAGCUCAAUUUCUCAUGCCAUAUCUUUAGCAGGAGAUAUUUUUAUACCUGCUCAACUACCCCCUAUUUUAAAACUAGCCAGAAGAGCGAUGCCCUACAACGUAAUCACAAUGAGUAGUGAUGAUUUCUAUAACUACAAGGCCCUGGCUGAAAAAGUUAGAAUUCGUUCAAUAAGAAAAUUUGACUCUGGUGAAGAUGUUGACUGGACAAAGGUCAAAGAAGUUAUGGUUAGAAAACAUCAAAAUACGCGUCUUUUUGUAAAAAACAGUCAUCUUGCCGAAAAUUACUAUACUCUCUCUUUGAAAAGAAACGCUUUGGGAGUGAUGAACCAACCUUUAUUGAAACUUAAUAAUGGUUCCAUAAAAUUGGAUGCAAAAAAAUACAAUGACCUAGUUCAACUUUGUGGAGGACGAAAGCCAGUUGUGCGAAAUGAACUUUUUCAAAAAAAUUUCAGGGAUCUUCCUCAUAAUAAUAAUUAG